AUGUCCGAGAAGACCGGAACUCAAGCUGGCCCAGGCACAGCCUACGCCGGCUACCAUCCGUCUCGACUUCCCUACACAGGAUCAGCCUACCCACAAGCAUACACUGGAGGUAAGAGAUUGGCGUUGCCGUCAUGUGGGAAGAAUGUUCACUGUCACCCAGGACUGGGUAUGACAGCCAACAACCCACUGGCCAAUAUGCAGAACCUCAAGGCAAACCUUCCAGCAUCCAACCAAAUGGACGGCGAAGCCACUGGAGCUGGCCAACGUCAAGGCUACAACAACCCUCUCAUGGUUCUUCCAUCUGGCCAGACAGUUCCGCUGAGCUCCUUCUAUGGUCAGAACCAAGCUUCUUCAGGAGACACGGCUUCCCAGUUGCCAUACAUGCCUACUGGAAUGUUUCCUAACUUCAUGGGUAACAACAUGCCUGCUGGUCCUCUGUCUGGCUAUUGCUGGCCAUAUGGCAUGGCUUCAAACGCCAACAGCUUUGACGCAGCUCGUCGAACAUCCUGGUCAUCCAAUGAAGAAAACACUAACAACAACCAAGCCAUCGGCCUUCAGGGUCACUCUGAGUAUUACCCUGGCGUCCCCUACCUGACUACGGCGUCAAACACUGCACAGUACAUUUCUGGACCCAUCCAACCUAUGAAGUGUGCUGACAACAAGUCGUAUGAAAUGGUCAACUUGGACGAACUUGUAUCUCGUGAUCCGCCAAUUCCGCGUGCUGUCCCGGCCCUCUGGACCAAUCAGGAAGAGCUCAGUCUUGCCAAAUGUCUCCAGAACCCAGAAGGUAUCACCAAUGUUUACAUUCGUGGUUUCAUGCCGGAUACGACGGACGAAGAUCUCGAACGCUGGGCUUCCCGCUUCGGAGAGAUCGAAUCAUGCAAAGCCAUCAUUGAGCAGGACACUGGCAAGUGUAAAGGCUUCGGCUUUGUCAUGUACUACUCUCCUGCUGCUGCGGAAAAUUGCAUUCGAGGCUUUUUCCAUCUUGGGUUCCAAGCUAGCUAUGCCCAGAAAUCUCGUAAUUCUCGCCUCAAGGACCUUGAGGACAAGAGCUCCACCAACAUCUACUGUACCGGAGUUCCCAUUGAUUGGAAUGAAUCCGAUCUUGCCAAGCACUUCCUCCCUUACCGCGCCGUUUCGACUAAAAUCUGUCGAGAUGUGCCCUCGGGGGUUAGCAAAGAAGUUGGCUUUGCCAGAUUCGAAAGUCGCGAAGUUGCCGAGCGUGUCAUCAGAGAAUACCACUCUGUUCUGACCGAACACGAUGGCGUUAAGCUCUUUCUUCGAUUUGCAGACACCAAGGCCCAGAAGCAAUUGAAGCAGCAAAGUCAAGAACGUCGGAACUGGCGCAGUCGAGAGUACAGCUACUCUGUUGAACACACCCCAUCUCCAACCUUGACUCGACUUCAAGACAUGGGCAAUCACAUCAGUCCCAUAGGAAGCUACCAAUCACCUGCGGGAGCUAGCAAUAGUUUCACCCCAGCGACGUCAGUCUCUCCGGCUGAUAUGCCCGGUGUGAACAAGUCAGUCAGUGUGACCCGCAACUCUCAAUGGCCUAUGCAAGGUGGACUUCAAUCGAUCACGAAUACCACAGCUGUCCGCACCAACAUACCUGUCACAGCUGCCGCCAGCAACUAUAUCGAGGCUUCUCAAAAGGCUGCAUCAGCUCUUCCAACCCUCCAAGAAACUGGCGAAUCCACCAAGAAGACACCUAGUCCGAAAAAGGUUACGAUCAAGAUUGAGCCUGCCAGUGGCAAGGAAAACGUCACAAACACUCCACAAUCCGCCAAAUGA